AUGAGUCGCAAAGUCCUCGUCACUGGGGCCAGUGGCUACAUCGCCGCUCACAUUGUCGACGCCCUGCUGCAGAGCGGGUGGGAUGUGCACGGCACGGUGCGCAGCUUGAAUAAUGAGAAAAAGGUCAACCCGAUCAGGGCUUUGGCGGAGAAGGAGGGCGCCAAGGGUAAAUUGGAGCUAUUCGAGGCUGAUUUGCUGCAACCCGGAUCGUUCAAUAAAGCGAUGGAGGGAUGUACAGCUGUGGUUCAUACUGCUUCGCCUUGUCCCUUGCCUGAAGAAGUCAAAGAGCCAGAAAGUCAACUCCUCAAGCCGGCUCUCGAAGGAACACGCAAUGUGCUAGAGAGUGUCAAUCAAACUCCCACCGUGCUGCGUGUCGUUAUCACUUCUUCUGAGGCUGCCGCCCGUGGGUCAAACCUUGAUAUCAUACAGGCACACGAGGAUAAAACCGUCCGUGAAAGCCACUGGAAUGAGACAGCCACCAUAGACUGGUUGCCCUACGCCUACAGCAAGACCAUGGCAGAGCGUGAGGCUUGGAAGAUGGCAGAAGCUCAGAGUCGCUGGAAGUUGGUCACAAUCCUACCCGGUGUCGUGAUAGGCCCCAAUCUCACGCCUGACUCGAGCUCAGGGAGUUUGAAUGCUUUAGGCAUGUUAAUGAACGGGACCCUCAUGAUGGGCACGCCUGACUUGCCCUUCCCCCCGGUCGAUGUGCGCGAUGUGGCUCUGGCGCAUGUGAGAGCUCUCGAGCGAGAAGAAGCCCACGGCAGGUAUCUGAUAGCAAACGAGAGGAGUGUCCCAUGGCUGGAGAUGGCUGACAUGCUGCGUCCUGUCCAUCCAAGCCCCUGGAAACUCCCUAAGUGGACCAUACCUGGGUUUUUCCUGCGUACUGUUGGCGGGUUGCUUGGGAUAUCAAGGAGGUAUGUUGAUGAAAAUUUAGGCAUUCAUUUUCUCAUGGAUGUUUCCCGAAGCAUCAAUGAGCUGGGGAUAGCAUACCGCCCCCUGGAGCAGAGCUUGGCAGACCAUUGCCGCUCGUGGUUGGAAUCACAAAAUGCUUGA